UUUGUGCCGGGUCGGGUUUGUUUGUGUUGGUCCGCGUGAAAAAUAAAAAAAAAAAAGUAUUUGAUUUGAAAUUGUGUAGGGAAAAAGCAUUUUCUUCUGUUCGAAUCGGUUUUGUUUUUGAUUAAAUGGCGUGUGUUGCGUGAAAAGUAAAUUCUAAGCAAUAAGUUUAUUGUAUACCAAAAAGGAUUAGCAAAGAGAAGAAGAAAGAAGGAUUGCCGUUGCCUGUGUGUAUCUUGAGAUUGAUUUUAGAAUUUUCUUUGCGAAAAUGUUCGAAUUAGAGGACUAUUCAGGAAGUUUUCACGAAGGUUUUCUUAAUAAAUAUGCGGAUUCAUCAGGUCCAACAUUGGACUUUUACAUAUCAGAUUCUUUACAAGAUAUGCUCGAUGUUGAUAUACGAACUGAAAUAGCUAACGUUGUAAAUAGUAGAACGGAGUAUGACGGUUGUAGCGAUGGUCUAUCGUCAUCAUUUGAUCAUGUCACCGACAGCUUAUGUUAUAACAGCAAUCACUUGAAAGAAUCUUCAUCGCUUAAUGAAAAUUCUGCGCAUAUGCCCUCAUCCUCAACGGCAGCUACAUUUGGUUUUACGACCUCAACCAAUUCGUCAGCGUUUUGGUUUGGUUCGAGUAGCGAUUUUUAUGCCGAUGUUGGAGCUUGCGUCAAUCCAAUAUCCGUAAUGCCAUUAAUUUCGUCAUCGUUUCCUCAUAUGACUACCAAAAUUGGCACCAACGCGAAUGGUUUACAUCAAAAUACGCCCCCUCCGUCCUCACCAAGCACCAAUGAUGCGAAAUCACAUUUAACAUUCUCACCAGCUCAGAUGAAAAUAAAAGCGAAUUCGUUACGCAACGAACAGUUGACAUCCCAUAUACCCAAACAAAUUGUUGCUAUAUCAUCCACGGUGACAUCAGCCACUACUGCCCCAGCUACUUUAGCCACAAAUACGGUAUUGCAACGUAAAAAUACAAAUUCCGUGGAGGCUGUCAAAAAAGAUUUAAGUGGAGAAAUGCGUAAAUUAUCGGAUACUGGUAUUUAUAAAGCCGUGCCGUGCAGUUCGACCUCGCACGUUAGUAACAAUAAUAUUAGUAAUGAUAGCGCAUCGACAAGUACUAUUAAAUUGGGCCCAGGCAUAGGUAGUUUAUCGUUCGCCAAUAACCUCACAUUCAAUAAAAUAAAACAGGACUCAAGUCAAAAGUCAUCACAGUCUGCAGCUGCUGUCGCUGCUAAUGGUUCCAUUGUACUAAAACGUGAAAGAGAUUCAUCUAGUCCUUUGCACCACGCUACUUUGAACAGUCCGACCACCGUUAGCCAGCAUGUGGCCAAAUUGCUUUCCCGCCAAGGAAUCCAAUCUUCUGCGGGUUUCACACCAAAAUCAAUUGCUUCGAACGCACAUACAGCAUUUAUGCAACAGCAUCUUAGCGUUAGCUCCGCGACAAGUUCGCCUGGUGAUGGUAAAGUCACUAAUUUUACGACAACAAUUAGUGGCGGCAUUGGUACCUUUAGCAAUGGUUUAACUACUUCAAAUACUAGCUCUACUGCAUUGUCGUCUUGCUCCAAUAUCGCCAAUGGCAUGACUGUGAAAUCUUUACAACAAAAAAUUAAAGCCGCACCCAUCGAAUCCGAAUAUCCAAAACCCGCCUAUUCGUAUUCCUGCUUAAUUGCGAUGGCUCUGAAAAAUUCGCGACGCGGUUCUUUACCCGUUUCGGAAAUUUACAGUUUCAUGUGCGAACAUUUUCCAUAUUUUAAGACUGCACCUAGCGGCUGGAAGAAUAGUGUCCGUCACAAUUUGUCAUUGAAUAAAUGCUUUGAGAAAAUUGAAAAACCUUUAACCAACGGUUAUCAACGCAAAGGUUGCUUAUGGGCCAUGAAUCCGGAACGUAUCACGAAAAUGGAUGAAGAGGUACAAAAAUGGUCGCGAAAAGAUCCCAUGGCUAUUCGCAAUGCUAUGGUUUGCCCCGACAAUUUGGAGGCAUUGGAACGUGGUGAAAUGAAACAUGGCAGCACUGGCGAUUCCGAUGGCGAGCUGGAUAGCCAAUCGGAAAUAGAAGAGACAUCGGAUUUAGAAGAACAAGAAUUGGAUGAGACAUUAGUUGAUAAUAUGCUUAUCGAAGAUGAAAUGGAAGAUGAAGAAGGACUUAAUAGCAGCUCCUUGAUAUCGAAUAACAUUGUUAUGAUGAGUACAAGCGAUUUAAUCCAGCAGGAUAAUUUUAAUAAUGAAAAUCGUAGUGAUGUGAAUAAAUCCAACGCGACAAGUUAUACCUCCGAACCAGAAACUAUUAUAAUGACAAAUACAACGACAAUGUCCGGCAAAAUGAAUAAUCAAACGAUGGCUACGAAUACAAAUGUAACGCACAAUUUUGAUAAUGAGGUAGAAGAUAUAUACGAUACCAUAGACAUUGAAGAUGAUAAAGAUGAUGCACGUCUAAACCUUAAUCAAUCAGAUAUAAUCGAAUUAAAUCCGGCUGAUUACAAUACGAAUGUAAGUCACGAUGAAAAUCAUCAGUCGCCGAAACGGGCUCGUGUUAGUUACACAAUUGCUGCGGUAAGUGAUAAACAAUCUCAAUCAACGCAACAACAAACGCAACAGCAACAGCAACAGCAGCAGCAGCAACAACAACAACAACACCAACAACAACAGACUAUACAAUUACAGAAUGUAAAAAAAAUUAUUAAAGUACAAAAUGCACAUGAUUUGCAACAUUUGCAACAGCAACUGCAACAGCAGCAAAUUAUUGUGCAAAAAACCCUUGCUAAUGGAUUGUUAACCCAAACGCAACACCAACAACAGCAGUUAUCUGCAACCAUAUCCACUAAUCGGCGCAAAAUGCAAUUAGUCAAUCGCAUCAUUUAGAGCGAUAAGAAAAGCAAUAAUUUUGUAAAGUUGUUGAACGAACAAAUUUUUCAUUGCUAGAGCCGCCGAUUAACAAAGUUGUUGAAUUUUUAUGUUGCUCUUUUUUACAAUAUCUGUUUAUCAUAAUAAUAUCAUCAAAAAUCGCGCUCUCUUUCAUUCUCUCGCACCCACUCUCUUUCUCACUCUCUAAA